AUGGAUUCCUCGGAAUAUCUUCGACUCCUCGCGAGGCUCGACAGUCGGGCAGUCCGGGCAGAACGAGCCCAGACCAAACUUGAACAAGAACUGAGCGCCUCCAGGGCUGCCGAGAAGCAAGCGACAGAGGAGGUGGGCCAUGUGUCCAGAUUAGCGGAUAUCUUCUUUGAGCUCAGUCAAAUUCUGGGGGGCGUGGUAGAUCAUUGGCUGAAGGAGCGCGGAACCAAAGAACCCGGCCAAGAGCCGGAGUCAACAAAGAUUUUCCGUCGUGCUCAGAAGCUGACGCGUGAGCUUCAACAUGUUCUGGAAGACGAUCCUUCCAAGUAUACCAUCACAGAUUCGCUACCCCAAACUCAAUCUGCCGCCAGACUGGAAGCUGCAUUCGAAUGGGACCGCAUUCGACGAUCGGCAGCUCCAUCGCCAGAGUUAAUUUCCAAGGAAUUCCAGAAGCAGAAGAUGCAACCAGACAGCUCUGAGCUCGCAGAGGGCUAUUAA